AUGAAUGUAAUGAGCAUUGAGUCCUCUACCAAAAUUGUGAAAUUCAUGGUCCCAGGGUCAGGGGUUCUAGUGCUAGGGUGGGGCUCUAUAGAUUAUAUAGUGAAAAUGCCUUAUUUCUUUGAAAAUCUUCUUCUCUGCUCCUGGGUAUUAAAUACACAAACUAAGCACAUAGUUAUGAUGAGCAAGAGUGCUUCUUCCAGAUUUGUGAAUUUCAUGGUCCCAGGGCCAGGGGUUCUGGUGGUAGGGCGGGGCUCUAUAGAUAAUAUGGUGAAAAUGCAUUAUUUCUUUGAAAAUCUUCUUCUCUGCUCCUGGGUAUUAAAUAAACAAAUUAAGCACAUAGUUAUGAUGAGCAAGAGUGCUUCUUCCAGAUUUGUGAAUUUUAUGGCCCCAGGGUCAGGGGUUCUGGUGUUAGGGCAGGGCUCUAUAGAUUAUAUAGUGAAAAUGCAUUAUUUCUUUGAAAAUCUUCUUCUCUGCUCCUGGGUAUUAAAUACACUAAAUAAGCACAUAAUUAUGAUGAGCAAGAGUGCCUCUUCCAAAAUUGUGAAUUUUAUGGCCCCAGGGUCAGGGGUUCUGGUGUUAGAGCGGGGCUCUAUAGAUUAUAUAGUGAAAAUGCAUUAUUUCUGUGAUGAACAUCUUCUCUGCUCCUGGGUAUUAGAUAAACUAACUAAGCACAUAGUUAAGAUGAGCAAGAGUGCCUCUUCCAAAAUUGUGAAUUUUAUGGCCCCAGGGUCAGGGGUUCUGGUGUUAGGGUGGGGCUCCAUAGAUAAUACAGUGAAAAUGCAUUAUUUCUUUGAAAAUAUUCUUCUCUGCUCCUGGGUAUUAAAUACACUAAAUAAGCACAUAGUUAUGAUGAGCAAGAGUGCCUCUUCCAAAAUUGUGAAUUUUAUGGCCCCAGGGUCAGGGGUUCUGGUGUUAGGGUGGGGCUCUAUAGAUUAUAUAGUGAAAAUGCAUUAUUUUUUGAAAAUCUUCUUCUCUGCUCCUGGGUAUUAGAUUAACUAACUAAGCACAUAGUUAUGAUGAGCAAGAGUGCCUCUUCCAAAAUUUUGAAUUUUAUGGCCCCAGGGUCAGGGGUUCUGGUGUUAAGUCGGGUCUCUAUUGAUUAUAUAGUAAAAAUACAUUUAUUCUUUGUAAAUAUUUUUCUUUGCCUCUGGGUUUAAAGCCAAUGAUCCAAGUAUAUAUAUAUUUAUGAUGAAGAAAGGUGCAUGUAGCAAAGUGGUUUUUAAUGCCCCCAGGGUCAAAGGGGGGGGGGGGGGGUGGUUACAUAGCCUGAAAAUAAAUUAAUGCUUUGAAAUCUGCUGUUUGGUAUUAAUCAACCAUUUUAUGAUAAAAUUUGCAAAAGUUUGAAAUAUAUGGCCUGGGUCAGUGGUUCCUUUGGGGUGAGGUGCACAACUGGUUAUAAAGUGGAAGUGCCUUUUCUCUUUGUUACUCUGAUCUAUCUCUGGGUCAAAGGGGGGGGGGGGGUACAUAGCCUGAAAAUAAAUUAAUGCUUUGAAAUCUGCUGUUUGGUAUUAAUCAACCAUUUUAUGAUAAAAUUUGCAAAAGUUUGAAAUAUGUGGCUCCAGGGUCAGUGGUUCCUUUGGGGUGAGGUGCACAACUGGUUAUAAAGUGGAAGUGCAUUUUCUCUUUGUUACUCUGAUCUAUCUCUGGGUAUUAAGUAAAUAGAGUAAGCAUUCUAAGUUAAUAAUUAUGAUAAGCAAUGGUGCCUCUUUCAAAAUUGUAAAUUGUGAAUUUCAUGGCCACCGGUUUAAACACGAACCAAAUUUAAUUGUUUGAAAGUUGUUACACAAUACUCAGGUGACCUAUAAGGCCCGUGGGCCUCUUGUUUUAUAAGUAUGUAGUACAUGUAGUAACUAAGUAAGUGAUUUCUUCUAUACAUUUAUAUUCAUCAGAUUAAUUAUUCUUGUACUCAUAGAAGUGACUGAAAAAAAUUUAAGUUUUAUAAUGUUGCAGUCAUUACCAUUGAGUAGUAAUACAUGUAUGUAUGGGAGUUUUUUUCUCACCUGAGCCGAAGGCUCAAGUGAGCUUUUCUGAUCACAUUUUGUCCGUCGUCCGUCCGUCUGUCCGUCUGUCUGUCUGUCUGUCCGUCCGUCCGUCCGUCUGUAAACUUUUCACAUUUUCGACUUCUUCUCAAGAACCAAUGGGCCAAUUUUAACCAAACUUGGUACAAAGCAUCCUUGGUUGAAGGGGAGUUUAAAUUGUUAAAAUGAAGGGCCAAGUCCCUUUACAAGGGGAGAUAAUCAAGAAAAGACAAAAAUAGGGUGGGGUCACUAAAAAAUCUUCUUCUCAAGAACCAAUGGGCCAGGAAAGCUGAAACUUAUAUGGAAGCAUCCUGGGGUAGUGUAGAUAUUAAAUUGUUAAAAUCAUGACCCCAGGGGGAAGGGCGGGGCCACAAUAGGGAAUCCAAGUUUUACAUAGAAAUAUAUAGAACAAAUCUUUAAAAAUCUUCUUCU